AGUACAGUUUCCAGAAUGUUGCCAGCUGUCAGUCUGGCUGCAUCUACAGCACUCAUGGCUCUUUUUAUGUUAACUGGGGAUGUUCAGGAUGGGUUACAUCCAAGGAAUCUUAUCCCAGAGCUUUGUAGACUGUUUUAUGGUUUAGGCUGGGUAACAGGAACUGGUGGAGGAAUCAGCUUGAAACAUGGGGAUGAAAUCUACAUCGCUCCUUCAGGAGUCCAAAAGGAAAGAAUACAGCCAGAAGAUAUGUUUGUUUGUGACAUGAAUGAACAGGACAUCAGUGGUCCUCCACUGCACAAGAAACUGAAGAAAAGUCAGUGCACACCUCUUUUUAUGAAUGCCUACACUAUGAGAGGUGCAGGUGCAGUGAUCCAUACACAUUCCAAGGCUGCUGUUAUGGCUACCCUUCUUUACCCAGGGAGUGAGUUCUCUAUUACCCACCAGGAGAUGAUAAAAGGAAUCCAGAAAUGUACUUCGGGAGGCUAUUACAGAUACCACGAUACACUAGUGGUUCCUAUUAUUGAGAAUACACCAGAAGAGAAGGAUCUCAAGGAGAGAAUGGCAUGUGCAAUGGAAAAAUACCCAGACUCUUGUGCUGUCUUGGUCAGACGUCAUGGUGUUUAUGUGUGGGGAGAGACAUGGGAAAAAGCCAAAACCAUGUGUGAAUGUUAUGAUUACUUGUUUGAUAUCGCAGUGCAAAUGAAGCAGCAUGGGCUCGAUCCUUCAAAACAUCCAGUGGGAGAAAAUGGGAUCUUGUAAAUGUCAACAACCUUUAUACUCAGGUGUGAAUUUAUCUGUAAGGAUGAUCUGUUUGGAGGGAGAGACUACAGAUGACACCAUCACUUCAGUCUUCUUUCACACUCAGGAAACUUCAGUAUUGCUCAUCUCCCCCAGCCUGCUCCAUUACCACUGCAGUUGUAUCUAUGCCUGAAAUAGUGCUCCUUUUCUACACAAUGCAAUAAAAAAUAUAUGUAUUAAUAGCUAGAUAUGUCCAUU